UCAUUGUUUGCAAUGGUACAAGUGAGAGAACUGAUGAAAAUAAUUAGGCUGUCAGAUACAAAGAAGAACAGAAGAAAAAUAAUUAGAUGGAUGCAGAAACGUGGGAUACUGAGGAGGACCGUAAAGUGUGUAAAAUGCAAUCGUCGCAUGCAUCUGGUGACCUGCCAUGUCAAAGAUGGGCUGUGGUGGGUUUGUAAGCAUCAUAGAAGUUCUCCACAGUCUGUACGCAAUGGCUCGAUAUUCACGAAGUCUCACAUCCCCUUGAUAAAAUGGCUUGAGUUCAUGCACAGGUUUGCACAAGGUUUGCAGUUGAAACAACUUGCCAUGAUCACUGACGGGAUAGCAGCAAGUUCCAGGACAUUAACAAGGAUGGCAAAAGUACUCAGAAAGGUUUGCAUUGCUGCCGUCAAGCGGCUGAGGAAAAGAGGAAUGAGGAUCGGUGGUCGUCAUCGAUUUGUUGUCAUCGACGAGAGCAAAUUUGCCCACAAGCGAAAGUACCAUCGUGGUCGAUGUGGCAACACUUGGCGUCGUGAGCGGCAGUGGGUGUUUGGGAUGCUGGAGGUUGAAGGGAAAUCAAGAAGACCUAUCCUGAGACUUGUCAGGGAUCGCACAAGGAAAACCCUCAUUGAUAAAAUGAACUGCUCUGGAAACCCCUGCUUGAAGAAGUAA